AUGAGCCCAAGUGAACAGGCCAACGGUGGGUCUGAUAAGCCCGAUACUCUCGACACCGUCCCAUUCAUCAUCAAUGGAAAGGAUGUCACGUCCACAACGACGUUCCCAGUAACUAGCCCUUUCAACGCCAAAAAGCUAUGGGAUGGCUCCGCAGCUGCAGCCAGCGACGCCAACGGGGCUGUUGAAGCAGCUCAGGCAGCUUUCGCCUCGUGGUCCCAGACAAAACCGAGCUUCCGUAGAGACAUCCUGUUCCGGGCCGCCGAUAUUUUUCUCAAUAGGAAGGAAGAGCUGUUCACGUACCAGAGCCAGGAGACGGGCGCGGGCCGGCAGUUUAUGGAGAUUAACCUCAACGCCACGGUGCAGAUCUUGAGGGACAUUGGCGGGAGGAUCGAGGCCGCAGUUGAAGGAUCGGUUCCUACGACGGCGGAAGAGGGCUCCCAUGCCAUCAUAGUCAAGGAGCCAUAUGGUGUUGUCCUCGCAAUUGCCCCAUGGAAUGCUCCCUACGUGCUCGGAGCACGCUCAGUCGCGUUCGCUCUCGCGGCAGGCAACACAACCGUCCUCAAGGGCUCCGAGCUAAGCCCGCGCGUCUUCUGGGCGCUUGGCGACGUGUUCCGCCAAGCUGGGCUGCCCGACGGCUGCCUCAAUGUUAUCUAUCAUCGAACGGCCGAUGCGGCUGCCAUCACAGAAUCGCUCAUCGCCCACCGGGCCAUCAGGAAGAUUAACUUUACGGGGAGCACGCUUGUGGGCAGCAUCAUUGCCAGCCUCGCCGGGAAACACAUUAAGCCACUUCUCCUGGAGCUGGGGGGCAAAGCCAGCGCCAUAGUCCUCAAAGAUGCCGACCUGAAAAAGGCCGCUACGGCGUGCGUUCUAGGCGCCUUCAUCCACAGCGGCCAGGUAUGCAUGUCGACAGAGCGCAUCCUUGUGCAUAAGUCGGUCGCUGAAGAAUUCGGCGUCGCCCUCAAAGAAGCUACUGAGAAACUCUUUGGAUCCACCAACCCGCCAUUCGUGCUCGUCAAUUCAGCGGCUGUACAGAAGAACAAGGGUUUGAUCGCCAACGCGGUGUCUCUGGGCGCGACGACCCUUGUGGGCAAUGCCGAGGCCGUAGAGGACCAGCCCACAAAGAUGAGACCUGUCAUCAUCUCCAACGUGUCCAAGGACAUGGAGAUUUAUCACACAGAGUCUUUCGGGCCCACCGUGUCCGUUAUGACGUUUGAGACAGAGGAAGAGGCUCUCAGCAUCGCCAACGACACCGACUACGGGCUCUCGGGGGCCAUCUUUACCGAGGACCUCAAAGCCGCGCUGCGGAUCGCCCGGAAGUACGAAACCGGGGCGGUCCACAUCAACUCCAUGACCGUGCAUGACGAAGCUUCGCUUGUCCACGGGGGAGCCAAGAAGAGUGGCUACGGGAGGUUCAAUGCCUCACAGGGACUAGGUGAGUUUCUCAGGUACAAGACAAUUACAUGGAGAGAUUAG